CCAGGUAGUCAGCUUGUACUUCCGCCUCUAAGGCUGCUGGGUAAUUUUCUUUGAGGAAGUAACCUGAAAUCACAGAGGUAAACAUUACUAAAAAAGGAGGCACUCAGCGUGUUAAUGCGACUCAGUGGUGGUUUGUGGAUUUUAGCAAAGGCAGCAGAAAAAGGUCCCUGAACGCAGCAUCUUUAGCAUCAUGGAGAACAUAAGUACCGUGAUGUCCUGGUUCUCCAGCCCUGUGUACAGCCGCUACUGGCAGCACUACCAGCAGGCCAUGGCCUGGCACCAGAGACACAGGCGUGCCUACAGAAAAGCCUUGGAGGCCGCCUACGGCCCCGGAUUCUGCCAGGAGCAGCCUCCAAGCGGCCACCAGCGCUACGCGGACUGGCACAGGGAGGAAGAGGAGAGUGAGGAGGAGGAGGAGGAGGGCAGCUCUGAUAGUGAGAUCGAGUGUGACGUCAGCAACAUGGAGAUCAGCGAGGAGCUUCGGCAGUACUUCGCGCAGACAGAGAAGCACAGAGAAGAGCUGAAGAAGCAGCAGCAGUUGGAAGAAGAGGAGCACGGCAGCUACGUGCCGGCCGACCAGGACCUGCACAGGGUCUCCUGGCGAAGCAGUGCCGCUCCUCCCUUUGAGCGACCCGGCAAGAGACGAGGGGCGGAGAUGCAGAAGCUGUAUGGCGAGGACUCGGCUAAGAUCAUGGCCAUGGAGGCAGCGAUGCAGCUCACUUUUGACAGGAACUGUGACCGCAAACAGCCGAAGUACUGGCCUGUCAUCCCGCUGAAGCUGUGAUGGCUGUGAGACAAUCAGCAGCACUUUCACCUCAUGCACAGUCGUCUAUUCUACCUGUCUUUCAUUUUAAAACACGGUGAACUGAAGUCAUGUGAGGGUCAGACGUACAGUAGGAAGCAGCGCUGCAGGUGAUGUAAAUAUAUUCAAACAUGUGCCUGCGUGGUUCCUCCUAAUCUCUUUCUGUUUACCCUCCAGCUCGUGAUGUUACAUGCUGCAGUAGCUCCUCUUAUGCCUGUCAACUCAGUUUAACCACAAAAACAUUUCCGACCCUCUUCCCGUGCUCAAAUUUAGAGAAGUGUUCCCGCAUGGCUGCCUCUGAUAUUCCCCCUGAACCACAAACACAAAGACUGAUUGUUGUUGUUGCUGCUAAACUGCGCCUCUCUGAUUCUGACAUCGUGUUAAAAGCUGUUUUUGUUGUCUCUCCGGAGGGACGGUGAUUAUUCUCUUUCAUCUUGUGCUCGCAGCACACGGCAUGGCACCCUCUCUUUUCUUUUUUUAAACAGAUGGAAAUGUAUUUUAAUGUAAAUUCUGUUUAUAAUAAAGUGUUUUAUGUUUGGGAUAAAA